AUGUGCAAAGCUGUGGUAUACAUUGCCUAUGCCACAUUAACAGCGUCCAUUCUCUGCCUGACAGUCAUGGCAGUCGAUAGGUACUAUACCAUUGUUCAUCUCCGCCGCAAUCUUUGGUUCAGAAAGCCUGAACUGACUGUACCAUUUAUUUGGAUUUUUUCACUGGCUUCAAUGUCCAUUUUUCCAACUAUUCAAACCGUGGAAGACCACAAUUCCCAAUGCAUGCUAUCUGUUUAUGUUUUGGGUGAUCCAUAUAAGGCUAUCCGUGGCCUAUUCCUCUACCUUGUGGUGAUCAACUAUCUGAUCCCUUUGAUUGUGAUGUCUUUUCUGUAUACUAUUAUUGCAAGGAGGUUAUGGUUCCAUGGAGGACAUCGAAAUAAGCAUUCGACAGAAAAUCGAGAGCAACAAGAAACCCUAAAGAGAAGAAUAGUUUGGAUGCUGAUCAUUGUUACCUCCGCUUUUGCCCUUUGCAGGCUUCCAGCCAAUGUGGUUCACAUGAUAUUUGUCAUGCAAGCAUGGAAUAUUGAGGUGACUCCUCAGCCCAUUGUCAUGUUUGUGUGCUUUUGGUUUGGUCACGCCAACAGCGCCAUCAAUCCGUGGCUGUACAUUUUUCCGAGCACCAAGAUCGAUACCGCAUUUAAAAGAAUGGUGUGUAGAGAAACCCGCCAAUCGCCUCCGAGUAACAGCGUCAUAACAUCAAAUGCUUUCUUACCACCUGAACAAGAAACUGUCAAGGAAGAGUCAAGACUAUAAUCUUUUCCAUCAUUUGUAACAUUUAUUGCUAAUUUGAGGACUACAAGAAGAAGAAAUCUUGGUAUCAGUGUCAGUAUCCAAGCAACUGUGUGUACCUACCCCUCCCCUCCCCUGACCAAACAUGAACUAAGUUGACUGUUGUUUAGCUAGGGGAGGAUUGGGUGCGCAAUGGCUUAGAUAAUGAACUGAUUGAUCUAAACGUUAGAGAAAUACUAAGUAAGUACCUAAUUGCAUAAUGAAAUUUAAGAUACAAAAGGAGGAUUUCCAAGACAUUCUGAGCAGGUUAUCUACCUGCUAUGCGAAAUGCUAGAAAUAUUAAGUAAAUAAAUAUUUGCAUGAUGAAUUUGUAAAUACGAGAGGAGCAUUUCGAAGACAUCAGGAACAGGUUGUCCUCCUGCUUUGCGAAAUGCUGGUUAUACAAGGUAAAUACAGUUUGCAUGACGAAUUUUAAGAUGGGAGAGGAGCAUUUUGAAGAUUUCAAUCUACCUGCAGUGCGAAUUGCUGGUUAUGUAUUCUGUGACAGGGAUUUUGUAGUCAGAUAAAAAAAGGAACGAAUGCUAUAGUUCAGCUAGUUAUUAGGAGAGUAACUUCAAAUAGAUUGAUAAAGAUUGAUA